AUGAAUAGUAGCUAAAAAAUAAGAAAGGGUUCUCGUAACAUGAAGUAUGAGUACAAAUGUAACUUUAGGUACAAGAAGAUCUCACAGGAAUAAAGAACUUAAAUAAUUAAUGAGUUAACUAAGAAUGGAAAGACUCUUAAAGAAGUAAAUUCAUACAUAUUUUAGUAUAGGUUUCUGAAGAAACCCAGUUGAAACCCUCUACUGUCAAAGCUAUAUUGUAAGUCUAUCUCAAAGAAGGGAGAAUUGGUAAGAAGUCCACUCGAGAUAGAAAAGUGAAAUUGUUAAAUACGACAGUAAUUACUUUAAUUGAUAAAACCAAGUAAUAUUUAUAUAUCUAAGUGAUUUAAAAGAAAUAGUGACUAUGCCAUUGAGAAUCUUUAAUUUAUUCACCCAAUGAUCAAAAUAAACCAAUAGUCUUCUGAAAUCUCACAUAAUGGUUAGACACUGACUGAGACCUAAUAGAAGCUAGAAUAAUACUCAAAAUAACUAAUGAUGACUUAGGUGAAGGACUUCCUGAGGGAAAAGAAACAAGAGAUAUUAGAACAACUUGUUAAUCCAAUGGCAAAACAGAAUUUUCUUAAUUAACUUGCCCAAUUUGAAGUUGCUGACUAAUUGCCUUUUCAAGAAUUGAAAAAAGAGCAUUUAUAAGCUGAAGAUGAAUAAUUAGUAGAAAAAAUCACUUAACAUCUAAAAUCAAAAGUGAAACUAUGA